AUGCAGCGCUCCCGGGCGGCCGCGGACGAGGCGGCCGCGCUCCUCGCCGGGCUGGCCCUGCGGGAGCCGCAGCCGGGCGGCGACUCUCCGGGCCGGGGGCGGCGGGGGCCGCGGCCCGGGCCCGGGGACGAGGCGGCGCUGGCGCUGGGCCGCCGGGCGAAGGGCGGCGCCGGCGGCCCCGAGGCCGGGACGGACGGACUGAGCCGCGGGGAGCGCGGCCCGCGGCGCGCGGCCGGCCCCGAGCUGAGCGCGCAGCCGGCGGGCAGCCCGCGGCUCAGCCUGGCGGGCUCGGACGGCGGCGGCGGCAGCGCCCGCUCCAGCGGCAUCAGCCUGGGCUACGACCAGCGCCACGGCAGCCCGCGCUCCGGCCGCUCGGACCCGCGCCCCGGCCCCGGGCCGCCGUCGGCGGGCAGCGCCCGCUCCAGCGUGUCCAGCCUCGGCUCCCGCGGCUCCGCCGGGGCUUACGCCGACUGGCCGCUGCCCGGCGCCGGCCCCGCCGCCACCCGCUGCCCCGAGCCCGUCGGGCCGGCCCCCUUCGCUCUGCCUGCGCUCCCGCUGCCCGCGGGCCGGGAGGGCGGCCCCAGCGCGGCGGAGCGGCGGCUGGAGGCGCUGACCCGGGAGCUGGAGCGGGCGCUGGAGGCGCGCUCGGCGCGGGACUACUUCGGCAUUUGCAUCAAAUGUGGGCUUGGUAUCUACGGAGCAAGGCAAGCAUGCCAGGCAAUGGGCAGCCUGUAUCACACCGAUUGCUUCGUCUGUGACUCCUGUGGGAGACGGCUUCGUGGGAAGGCGUUCUACAACGUGGGCGAGAAAGUGUACUGCCAGGAGGACUUCCUGUACUCCGGGUUCCAGCAAACGGCUGACAAGUGUAGCGUGUGUGGACACCUCAUCAUGGAGAUGAUCCUCCAGGCCCUGGGGAAGUCCUAUCACCCCGGCUGUUUCCGGUGCUCCGUGUGCAACGAGUGCCUGGACGGGGUGCCCUUCACUGUGGACGUGGAGAACAACAUCUACUGUGUCCGAGACUAUCACACGGCUUUUGCACCAAAAUGUGCCUCCUGUGCUCGUCCUAUUCUCCCUGCACAGGGCUGUGAGACAACCAUCCGGGUGGUGUCCAUGGACAGAGACUACCAUGUGGAGUGCUAUCACUGUGAGGACUGCGGGCUUCAGCUGAGCGGGGAGGACGGCCGCCGCUGCUACCCGCUGGAGGGCCACCUGCUGUGCCGGCGCUGCCACCUCCGGCGCCUCCGGCCUGGGCCGCCCCCCCCUGCUGUGCACGUCACCGAGCUCUGA